GCUACUUGUACCGGACUGAUAUUAGGCAUGCUCGGACUCUCUUUCCUUAGUCCCGCUCUAUCGGCCGUGGCUGAUUCACUCGAGAUUAACGGCCGAGGGAUAACUGGGCGUUCACUGACUUAUGUAUUAUUCUGUCAACCUCAACUCGCGCUCAGUCUCGCCAUGGCGUCCGCUCCCUCUCCCUGCUCCCCUCUCCCUCGCUCUUCGCAUCGUCGCCAGCGCUCCAUGAACGUUUUUAGGAAUCUCUGGGCACUUGUCAUGGGCAAAUCUAAUCCUGUAGACCCUAGUCCCGUCACGGUGCUGAUUGUCGGCGCUGGCUCGACGGGUCUAGCGUUGGCUCAAGGAUUGAGAAAGGCCGGAAUCCCCUGCGUUGUCGUCGAAAAAUAUGAUUGCUUGGAUGCUCGUUCACGCGACUGGAAUAUGGGUCUGCAUUGGGGUGCAUCCUCCCUGAACUCCCUCGUGCCCGAUCAUCUGUGGGAUCGCAUUCAAUCCGUCCAGGUCGAUCCCCAUGCGCCCACCGCCGACCACGAUUCCCUCAACUUUUACAAUGCCCAGUCGGGUGAUAUGAUGGCUUCGAUCCCCGUCCAGCGUUUCUAUCGUCUUCGUCGUCGCAAACUCCGCGGUCUGCUCGCAGAAGGUCUAGACAUUCGCUACGGGAAGGAGCUGCGCUCGAUGGAAUACUCCAAGGAUGGGAAGUUGGCCACGGCAUGGUUCGAAGAUGGCACAUCAAUCACGUCGCAUCUGGUCGUUGGGACUGAUGGCGCUCAUUCGACCCUGCGACAGACGCUGCUGGGUCCCGGCAAUGGCAGUACCCAGCGUCUUCCGUACUGUGCGACCUUUGUCCAGGCACGAUACAGCGCUGACCAGGCUCGAUACUUGCGCAAGGUUCAUCCCUUGUACCUCGCGGGCAUCAAUCCGGCCGGGUAUUUCUCUUUCUUUGGUAUGCACGACAUCCAAGAUCCGAACGACCCCUCGACAUGGACCUUCUUCUUCUAUAUCUCAUGGCAUUCCCCGCUGGAGGAGCAGGAGCGGACAGCCAAUUGGACCAACGCACAGCGGUUGCAGCAAGUGAAGGAGCUUUCCAAGUCUUUUGCUGACCCCUGGAAAAGUGCAUUCGACUGGUUACCGGAUGACCACCAGGUGUGGUACAUGGGCUUGUCGGAUUUCGAUCCAGGCGGGAAGGAUCACCACUGGGACAACCAUGGAGGCCGAGUCACCAUGGCUGGCGAUGCAGCCCAUGCCAUGACGUACCAACGCGGCCAGGGCCUAAACCAUUCCAUAACGGACGCUGCUAAGCUGGCAGAGGCCGUAAAGCAAUUUGCUUCCGGCAAAGCAAGCCAAGCAGAUACCAUCUCGUCCUACGAGGAGGAGAUGAUCGCUCGUGCUGGCGGAGAAGUUCGUAUCUCGACUGUCAACACAGCGAUGCUGCAUAAUUGGGAAAAGGUCCAGCAGUCGCCAGUGAUGCGAUCGGGCAUGACACCGCAGCAGCAGCAGCGACCACAAUCACAGCAGGCAAUACGGGCUCAGUAAACGUACCUGCUAUUUUUCUUUAUUUUUUUUUUCUUUUUUCCUUUUUUGUUCUUUCUGUAUCUUCAAUGGUUGGACGCAUUUCUUUUCUCGACCUCGAAUACCCAUCGUUACGGAGUUUGCAUGAGUUAGCGGUAUCAUAGUAAUAUUAAUGUAUUUAGAUGGUCUAUAUUUGCGAGAGCUUGACCUCCCGACCGAAUAUAUUGUUCAUAUGGUGGUUGUUUUCCUUUCCGACGGUAUUCACAUACCAUACCAUCUGAUUGUCCGCAUUGCUACCGGCGACUGCACAAGAA